AAUGCCUCUUAUUCGAGAUAUAUGCUAGCUCUGAUCUACCAUUGAAGGAAGUAGUGCUCAAUAAACAAAUAUCUUUAGAACUCGUUAGAUCGAUUCGAAAAAGAAUCUCGCCGAAAACAAUCGUUAAUUUUACUUCUAAUUAUUCCGGAUGUCUUUACAGAGUAUUUGACAAAGAUAUUGCAAUUAAAAUAUUACAUGUUUCAAAUAUUCUAACUGAUAAUUUGAAAACCAUAUCUAAAACCGAAUUUAACUUCAAUAAUAUAUUCAACAAUAAUAAAUCUCUCACACAGGUUGCAUACCACGAUUUAUGUUUCAAUAGUAAUGAUAUAAGGAUGUGUGUCAAUCUUUGCGACUCACAAAACCUAAAAAAUGGAUUCACUAUCUCAGAUCAAUUAGUCAAAUACGUUUUUAAACAUAGUAAAAAGUACUGUCUGGAUAUUGAUAAAGAGUUUUCACAGAUAAAAAUCAUAAAAGAGUCACCAGAUUCU